GACUAUUCGAAAAAGGAAGAAACCAGGCACCGGUUUGCCACCACCAGUCCUCGUAUUGGAUCACGUGCCAUGCAGGCAAUCAAGACCGCCGGAUCGUUCUCGAUUUCCCUCGAUUUCACCUCAACCUUAAACCAGUGUCAACUCACUUAUAGGUGGUCUAUCAGGCGUAUAUUCUAUCAACGAGUAACACUGCUAAACCAGACUACAUCGUAUCAGCUCGCGCAAUGUCAGCACCGACAAUCGCAACGGAGAAUGGCCUCCAACACGAGGAUAACGACGUCCCCGUCAACAAGACGACCACCUUCAACGGACGACUAAACCAAUACUUUCACACCUCCAAAUUCAUCACCGACAGAGAAUCACCUUUGUCAAAAGCCGCAUCGAACACGCCCACGAGAGCGCAGCAAACGCCGCCUAAAGGCCCCAACACCAGCCUCUCCCACCACACGCAUGGUGACACGCUCUCGAUCCGCGCCUCUCACCUCGCCAUCACCAUCUUCAUCAACACCACCAACAACAGCAACACCCCCAGCCAACCAACAACCCCCACCACCCCAUCCACCCCCAACACCAGCAACUCCCUCCUCCGCGACACCAUCCCCCCAAACCUAACCCUCCUCCUCGUCGGCGUAAACCCCGGCAUCCAAACCGGCCUAACAGGCUUCGCCUACGCCCACCCGUCCAACCUCUUCUGGAAACUCCUCCACGCCUCAGGCAUAACCCCCAUCCGGCACCCCCCCUCAGACACAUACCGCCUCCCCGCACUGUACAACAUCGGCAACACGAACAUCGUAGAGCGCGCCACGCGCGACGCAGCGAUGCUCACCCGCGCGGAAAUGAACGCCGGCGUGCCCGUCCUGGAGGCGAAGAUCGCGGCGCAGCGGCCGGAGGUUGUCUGUCUCGUUGGGAAGAGUAUCUGGGAGGCGGUGUGGCGCGUGAGGCGCGGGAGGGCUAUUCGCAAGGAGGAGUUCCGCUAUGGGUGGCAGGAUGAGGGGGAGAAUAUGGGGCGCUCGGAGCAGUGGGGCGGUGCGAGGGUUUUCGUCGCUACUACUACUAGUGGGUUGGCGGCUGGGAUGAGUAGGGCGGAGAAGCAGGCUGUUUGGGAUGAGUUGGGGGAGUGGGUGGUGCGGAGGAGGGAGGAGCGUGGUGGUUAG